AUGUUUCCCUCGGCGCAGUUUAGGACUGUGUCCUCUCGUUCUGUUAGUUGCAGCCCGGAGAAAGAGACCAACCCCCACUUGACUACAGCCACCUUUCGGGAAGUUGUAGAGCUAAGCAAUAGCUGCAACUAUUGCAGCUGCAGGGUGGUGUUCCCCACGGUCCGCUGCAGCCUGCCGGAGCCUUCCUGGGAGGAGAGGUUAGCAAAUGCAGUGACACCACUGUGGAGACUUCCCUACCAAGAGCAGCUGCAGGUAAAGUAUGAAAGCCAGAGGAAGAUUUUGCAGACACUGGCAUCUCGUCUGGAGGAGCUGGGCAUAGAUGCACAGAAACCUGGUGGGCUGUGUUGUCCUCUGCAGCCUGUAGUUCCUUCGCCCAUCAUUAACGGCUACCGAAACAAAUCGACUUUCUCUGUGAACCGAGGACCAGAUGGGAACCCCAAAACUGUGGGGUUGUAUGUAGGAACUGGCAGAGAAAGAAAUAUUGUCUGUGUGAAAGCCAACCAUGUGGAGAACAUACCCUCAAAACACAAACAGGUAGCCCAGUGCUAUGAGGAGUUCAUCUGUCGCUCCCCCCUGGACUCCUGCAUCCUCUUCCAUGAAGGCGGACACUGGCGAGAGCUCGUGGUUCGUAGCAGCAGCUGUGGCCACACCAUGGCUAUCGUCACCUUCCACCCCCAGCAGCUGGGCCAGGAGGCACUGGCUACUCAGAAAGAUUUGCUGAAGGAGUUCUUCACAUGUGGGCCUGGAGCAGUCUGUGACUUGACUUCACUUUAUUUCCAAGAGAGCACCAUGACACGCUGCUCCCACGAGCAGUCCCCCUACCAGCUGCUCCACGGAGCACCGCACAUCUUUGAAGAGCUGCUUGGCCUGAAGUUCCGCAUCUCUCCAGACGCCUUUUUCCAAGUCAACACGGCUGGAGCAGAAGUUCUGUACCAGGUAGUUGGGGAGCUCUCCCAGGCUACUGGGGACACUGUCCUCCUUGACAUCUGCUGUGGAACAGGCACAAUUGGUCUCUCUCUGGCUCACCGAGUGUCCAAGGUUAUUGGUGUUGAGGUGGUGGAGAAGGCAAUAGAGGAUGCUGAGUGGAAUGCAGCAUUCAAUGGGAUCUCAAACUGUGAGUUUCACAGUGGAAAGGCAGAGGCUGUGUUACCACAGCUCCUGGCAUCGUGGGAGGAUGCCCGACCGCUUGUUGCUGUGGUGAACCCUUCUCGGGCUGGCCUACAUUACAGGGUGGUACGAGCCAUCCGGAACUGCAGGUCCAUCCGCAGGCUGCUCUACAUCUCCUGCAAGCCAGAGGGUGAAGCCAUGAGGAACUUCCUUGAGCUAUGCUGCCCACCUGACCCACGGAAGAAGCUGACCGGGGAGCCAUUUGCCCCUGUGCUGGCUAUUCCUUUUGACAUGUUUCCUCACACUGUUCAUUGUGAGCUGCUGCUGCUGUUCACCCGCUGACAAGGAGUGAAGAAUGAGCUCUGAGAGCUUGGGAAGCAACCUCCUCCUGUCCUGAAGAGCUAAUGUAGUUAGGAUUUUAACUUAUUUUCUGUGGAGUUGUAUAAAAAUAAAUAACUUUGGGGUUCCUCUUACUUUGGCUUGCCUACCCACACUGUUCUGUAAGGAACUACUUGGAUUUUUGGGGGUGAAAAGGUUCUCUGUAACAUUUCAUCACCCACUGCACUUCCACUGCAAACCUUGGGCUGCUGGUUAAAGCAGCCUGGAAAAGACUCUCCCUUAGUUGAGGAAUAUGCUCAGGGCUGGUAGCUCCCGUGUUCGAGCUAAAAACCGUGCCCUGGAUAGUGGGAAAUCACUGGAGCCCCAGGCAAGGAGCCGUGAAUGGGCGCUGACCUUGUGCCUAACAAAAGACACUGGACUUCCAACGAUGGGUGUGGG